CGCCCUCCAAAACUACAAUCCAUUCCUUGUUGGAUUUAUUUGUCUGUCUGCUGCAGCUUAAUUAGGAAGCAUGGAUACUAGUUCGGUUCAGCCAAUUCCAUUUACUAGCUCGACUGUAUCUCUGAAUGCGAUUAUACCUGAGAUUCUUAAAGAAGAUAAUUAUGAAAGGUGGAGUAUUUUAAUGCAACACUAUUUAGUGGCUCAAGGCCUUUGGAAUGUUGUUCUAUCAAGCCAGAUUCCUUGGGCUGAAGAUGCAGGGGACUGGAUUAAAAGGAAUGCUUCAGCGCUACUUGCAAUUAAGAUUUCAUGUGGAGCAGAAAUGUUUGAUCAGAUUAAGAAUAUGAAUUCAGCCAAAGAUGCUUGGAAUGCAUUGGCUAAUUUGCAUAAACCACCAAAUGUAGAAGAGCGUAGAGGAAGGGAAACUGAUGCAGUUAAGGAAACCAUGACAGGGGUAAUGGAUAACAAUGAAAGGACUGAAUUUGUGACCUUACUCAAGGACAUUUACACAGGGGAUUCAAAUGCCCUAAAAUCUUUAGACAAAAUAACUGGAAUGAUUUUUCCUAGUGGUUUCACUGCUCUGCACAUCGCAACUAUUGCUGGUCACUUGAAAAUUGUCAAUGAAUUGGUUAAAAUCAUGGGAGAAGACUACUUGGAAAUACAGGAUGACAAUGGUGAUACAGCUCUCUCCCUUGCUGCUUGUAAUGGAGAAAUGAAGAUUGCAGAAUGUUUGGUUCAAAAGAAUGAUAAAUUGCUUACUAUUAGGAACAAGGAAGGAUACAUACCACUUGUGGUUGCAUGUUUCAAUAGGAUGAAGGAUAUGUCAUCCUAUCUCUAUUCUGUGACUCCGUUUGAGUUCUUACUUCCAGAAAAUAGCAAUCAGGGAGCCUUGUUCCUCAAAUAUUGUGUACUCAACUUCAUGUUUGAUGUUGGUUUGGAUCUAUUCCUUCGUUGUCCACAAUUGGCAGCUAGUACUAGAGAAUCGAUUACCAUUUCAGAAUUAUCUGCACAGCCUUCUCUAUUCCCUAUCAGAACAAGGCUUCACCCUUAUAACCGAUUUUUGUAUAAAUGUCUAUGUUUUGUUAAGCUGCCAUCUCCCUCAGAGGGCAUGCAUAGAAGUAUACAUAAAAUCUUCCGAAUACAUGUAGCAUGGGUUAAAGUAAUAGAUGGAAUAUUGGAACUCCCUUUUUUUAUACACCGUCAAUUCUAUGGAGCUGCUAGACUGAAGGACAUAUAUAAACGAAAGUUAACCCAUAUGUAUGUCAAUUCGGUUUUGCAACACUGUUGCAAGGAAAUAUCAACCUACAGGGAUGCCAGGCAACUUGUUGAAAGUGGAACAGUCUCUGCAAUCUUCCAAGCAAUCAAGGAUGGCACUGUCGAAAUUGUGAUUGAGAUCCUUAAAGCAAACCCCGAUUUAAUUUGGUGCAAUAAAAUGCUUUCAAGAGAUAUACUCAUCUCUACAAUCAAAUAUCGUCAAGAAGGUCUUUUAAGGUUUGUUUACAGGCUUGAUGCAGGAAAGAAAGCAUUUCUCUCUUUAGGAGAUGAAGAUGGAAACAACGUGUUACAUCUAGUAGCCAAGUUACCUGACCUUCAAGGUUUUGGUAAUUUCCAUCCAGUUUGGGCUAUGCAACAGGAAGUAAAGUGGUUCGAGGAAGUUAAAAGUGUCCUCCCAAGCCCGUAUGAAGUUGCCAGAAAUCUUUAUGGUGAAUCUCCAUUAGAAGUUUUCCGCAGAGAACACCAGCAAUUGACAAAUGAAGCGAGUGAAUGGGCAAAGAAAACUGCAGAUUCUUAUAUUCUGGUACCUGUUUUAAUUGUCACCAUUAUGUUUGCAGCAAUUUUUACCGUUCCUGGCGGGAACAAUCAGGAAACCGGGAUCCCCAUAUUAUUGCACAGAAAACUGUUUUCUGGGUUUCUAAUAUGUGAUGUGGUCUCCCUUCUUACUGGAUCAACUUCAAUGCUGGCAUUUCUUGAUAUACUCAUAAAAUCCCGCAGUGAUAUUUAUCUUCGCAAAUCUCUGCCCUCGAAUUUGAUGUGGGCUAUUUCCUCACUCGUAAUUUCAAUAGUAACGAUGAUCCUGGCCUUCAUUUUUGCUCUUACGAUGAUGUUGCAAAAGAAGUGGGAGGUACUACCAGCUAUCAUAAUAUACCUGCUUCUAUUUCCCAUCACCGUUUUGUCACUAUGGCUGUAUCCCACCCUUGCUGAUUUUUAUAAUUUGAUGUUUCGACCAAUAAUCUUCAAGAGACGAUCAAUGUACGGCAUUUAUUGAAGGAUCUUCUCAGUUUUUUAUGGUGUCAAAUUAUUUGUAUUUUUUGUAAAUUUGUAAUGUCUGCAUUUAUGUUAUGAACUUUUCUUUUUUUGAGAAAAUAUCUGGUGAUUCGCAAUUUUUUUCUGGAUUUAGUCUAUUUGAAGUUUGAUUUUCAUUCUCUGUUCGCAAUUUUUUUCGGGUGCAUAGCAGCAUAGCAAGUAUAAGAAAAAUAAAAUAUGAAAAUCUGU